AUGGGAAUUUUCGGAGGAAGCAAUCUGAAUGUCCUGGACUUCCAUUUUAUGUUUCCUUUGAUAAAAGAACUGCGUCUCAAACAAAAGGCUUCUGCUGUUCCACUUCAGGAAGUAGCUGAUAUGUUUCCUCUUUCAUUAUGGAUCUCAAACGUUCACUAUAGGGCAAAUCAAGCAGAGCUUAAGUUAGUGCACACUUCAAGGAAGCGGGACAAGGAUGUCCAAGAUAUGGAUGCUAGUAAAAGAGUUAAUCAUUCAUUUGCGGAAGCGUUGAAUUUGGGCCCCGAAAAUGAAGGUCCUACGAUGGAGGAUUCUCCCAAAGGUAUGAUAACACAUCAGCCGCAGAAGAUAGCAGUUAUCGGAGAGGAAAAAUCAGCUUGCUCAUCUAAGGAGGUUUCCUACUCGCAAUCUCCUCAGACUACGGAUCAGGACUCACAAACUUUUUGGCUUGUUUUGUUAAAUAGCUGGUGUAUUUCUCGCAGAUGUUAA